AGAAUUUUUAAAUUGUAAAGUUGGUAUAGGAAGGUUGUCUGCUUGUGUCUGAUUCUGUCUGAUUGGUAGUUUGUACUUCGUAAUCUUUGAUGAACCGUUUGUUUUAUUACAGUUUUGCCUCGUUAGUUUCGUUUUUACAAAAUUUUCUGAAACAUCUCGCCUGGCCGUGCAUGCGUCAACGCUGUAUUAAAAAAAACGGUGAUACAGCUAAGUUAACAAUCCUCUAUAUUUCCAUCAUAAAUAGCAACAAACAUGAAGAAAUCUCCUAUUUUUAAAGUAGGCGAUAAAGUAUUUGCCAAGGUGAAAGGUUAUCCUGCUUGGCCUGCACAGAUUCUUGAAGACCGAGGUGGCAAGUACAAUGUGCAGUUUUAUGGUACUCUUGAAACAGCAAUUGUGAAGCCAAAGGAUGUGUAUUACUAUUUACAACAUAAGAAUUCAUUUAUUAAGACCUUAAAACGUAAGGAUUACAAUGAAGCUAUUGAAGAAAUUGAAGCGGCAAUUAAAGAUGCUGGCGGGUCAGAUGGAGGUUCCGAAAAGGUGAUUGAUAACAAUGAUAAGGUUACAUCUACAGCAAAUACCAAAACAGAAAACAAGGGAAAUAAGCGAAAAAGGUCGGCAUCAUCAGAUGACAAUUCGGGAAAGAAACAAGGUGAAGAGGUGGUAAAGGAAUCUGGUCCAAAGGAGAAGCUUAGGAAAACUACAGCAGAACCACUUCCAAAGAAAUUGCGGUCAUCACGGUUCACAAGCACUACAGAAGAAGAAAUCUCUACAGAUGAAUCAGAAAGUGUACUAAAAACUGAGGAAUCAGAAAGUACAAUCGAAAGUCCAGACUUGUUGGGUCAGGAAAAAAUUAAAAUUGCCGUAGAGGAACCUGUUGUAACCGCUAGUGAUAUUAAAAUUGUAACGGAGGAGUAUCUCAAGGCGAUUAUUGCUUAUGCUGAAUUUGUGACAAAAGAACCAAAGGUCUUCAAAAGAAAAGCAAUUGAACCCAGGCAAUCAUUCCCAAACGAGACUGUAGUAACCAAAUUACCAUCUGGUAAAUUUAUCGGCAUUAAAUACAAUAGAGAUCCAGUUCCACCUUUGAACAACGAAUAUGAUAGAGCAAUUUACGAUGAAACGGAAGCGAAGACUGUUCUAUCUUUGAAAAAACUUUUAGAAGAAGGUAAAUGUGAUCCAGAGACUGACAAAACACUAUUUAUAAUGAACAUCGAUAUUACGGAAGCAGAAAUAAAAGAAAUCGUUAGAUUAGAGAUAAUAGAACAUAAACAAACCAAAAUCAAUUUGCUUAAAAUAGAGUCUAGUUUAAUAGAGUGUGAUGCUAAAAUUAAGAAAAGUUUAACAUUAGAGAGAGCUCAGCCAGUACCUGCCUUACAGUUGCUAGAUCGGAUGCUUCAUUUGAAUUUGCAACCUUUAAUGUUAAAGAAACAUCCACACAUUGUUGAUAUGAUCAGAAGGUUACGCCACUAUAUUGGCAAUGUCUCGGCGUGGGAUUUCACGAAUGAACAGUAUGAGGAAUUUACUAUUGCUGCAGGAGAAAUUAGAAACAAAGCUGAUGAUGUUUUUUACAAGUUCUCUGAAUUAUUCAACAUGCCCAAUGAAACAGUAUUCUGGGAAGUAUUCAGUGAUGAAGUCGAUAACUUCAAAGAGCAAGUUAGUGGCUUGAGUGAAAGCGUAGUAUUUUCGCUUACAUCCGAACCAAAUUGUAGGCAAUCAUUUUUGAAUAAAAUUGAGGACGACGAGGAAAUGAAGAUAAUAGUUUCCAGAAUGGAGAAAACUAAACCAGAGACUGAAAAUGGUAGCUAAGCAACAUAAAUCACACCUAUAUAUAUGUGGAGUUCUAUUUUAUUGUUAAUGGAGACUUGCUUGAAGAAUGUUCACUUAAUUGAUUUGAUGGAUUCAAAGCAGUACUCAAUGAUAAUUAUUGUAUAUGUACCACCUACAUUGUUACAAUUGUUUUAUUAUUUUGUAUUAACAGAAUUACAAUAUUUUAAGUUUUA